AAUUGGCCAACACAUGAUGUUUAUCUCCUAAAUAACACCCGGAAAUUGGCCAACACAUGAUGUUUAUCUCCUAAAUGCAUUCUCUGGCUAUACUUGGCACUAAAAAACCCAUUCUCUGGUUAUACUCGGCAUCAGACUCACACUCUUGCUCUGGCUAUACUUGGCAUCAAAAAACCUAUUUUCUGGCUAUACUUGGCAUCAAACAACCCAUUCUCUGGCUAUACUUGGCUUCAGACAAACCAUUCCCUGGCUAUACUUGGCAUCAGACAACCCAUUCUUUGCUACACUUUUCCAUCGGACAAUGCAUUCUCUGGCUAUACUUGGCACUAAAAAACCCAUUCUCUGGUUAUACUCGGCAUCAGACUCACACUCUUGCUCUCGCUAUACUUGGCAUCAAAAAACCUAUUUUCUGGCUAUACUUGGCAUCAAACAACCAAUUCUCUGGCUAUGCUUGGCUUCAGACAAACCAUUCCCUGGCUAUACUUGGCAUCAGACUCACCCAUUAUGACUUGUGUUCUAGUUUCAACAAGAAAGAGGAAGACUUCAGUUCCUUGAGGGAUUACAAUGACUAUCUGGAGAUGAUUGAAACAAUAGUUUUCAAUCUGACCAAUGGUAUUGAUGUUGAGAGCACACGAAAGAUGAUAGAACAGUACAGGAAGGACAACAAAGAUCAGAUCAAGAAAAACCUGUCAAAAAUGAGUAAAGACCAGGAGUACCUUGACCAACUGAUUGAGCAGGAGAAACAUGACACAGCAGUUCGAAAGCAAAUGAUUGAGGAAGAGGCCGCUAGGGAUAAAGCUUUCAAGAAGAAGAACAAGGCUGCCCUGAUAGAUGAACUGAUGUUUUCUGACUUGUCUGCCACGGACAUCGUGGCCACCCACAGAGAAUGUGUGAACCAGCUUGAGGCAGCAAGCCGUGCAUCCGCUCCCACCACCUUCUCCACCGGGAUUAAGAUAGGUCACCAUGACACUGUGCUGCCGUUGCCUGGUUGUGAGGACAAUGGAGAUGCAUAUAUGUACCUGCCUUAUGACUUGAACAACAGCGGCCCCAGCCUGAUUGACCAGGAAGCUAUACAUAACCUAGGGUAAGA